AUGAACCGACUCGUCUCUCGACACCUGUCGGCCCGAAUUGGACGUAUCGGAGCGAUCCAGCCGGCCAUCUCGCUGGCUCCCUUGCGGGCCUUUUCGACCUUUCCCAGACUGCGACAGGAGCAGCAGCCCCCCGUGGCUGAGGACUCGUUUAUCGACGAGGAGAUCAAGGGCGCCACUCCCAAGCGUCAGCGGGUCCGACCCACUCGAAUGAAGCCGUUUGUGGACUCGGAGGCCGCCAUGUUUGCCCGAAACACCAGUGUCAGCGACAUCACCUUGGUGCCCGAAACGGUCGAUCUGACUGCUCUGGAAAAGCAGGAUAUCUACAUGAAGAGCCAGCGCAAGAUCACCAAGGCCGCCGUCAAGUUCAAGACCAUGACUCCCAUCUCGCCCUCCAUGCGAUGGUACAAGGCUGCCAUCUACCCUUACCUGUGGAAGGGCAAGCCCCACCGGGCUCUGACUGUGGCCCGAAAGGCCCGAAACGGUCGGUGUAGCAACACUGGCCGAGUCGUGACUCGACACCAGGGUGGAGGACACCGACGACGAGUGCGGCUCAUUGAUUUCUUCCGACAGGAGACUGGAGAGUGCGAGGUUGUGCGGAUCGAGCGAGACCCCAACCGAAGCGGCCACAUUGCGCUCCUCAAGAACAAGGAGUCCGGCAACUUUUCCUACAUCACUGCUCCCGAGGGUACUCGAGCCGGUGACACGGUGCAGUCGUUCCUCAACGGCAUCCCCCAGAACAUCAUUGACGAGUUCCACGGCCAGACCGACCCCGCCAUGUUGGCCUACCGACUGUGUCGAAAGGGCAACUGUCUGCCCAUGUGGAUGAUCCCCGUGGGUACCGUCAUCCACGCCAUUUCCACCGAGCCCCACGGCAAGGCCAAGUUCUGCCGAGCUGCCGGAACCUACGGACGUCUCAUUGGAAAGGAGCCCGCCAAGAACAAGGCCAUCGUGCGAAUGCAGAGUGGCGAAGAGCGAUACGUGCAUCUCAAGGCCUCGGCCACCAUCGGUGUGGUGUCUGCUCCUGACCAUCAGAACGAGUCGUUCGGAAAGGCCGGCAGAUCGCGAUGGAGAGGUAUCCGACCCACCGUGCGAGGUGUAGCCAUGAACGCCUGCGACCAUCCCCACGGAGGUGGACGAGGAAAGUCCAAGGGUAACGUGACGUCGCGAUCCAUCUGGGGCGUGCUGGCCAAGCGAUACAAGACCCGACGAGGCAAGCACCAGAACCCCAACAAGCUCAAGGAUCGACCUCGAUACAAGGAGCAGCGAAAGUAA